AUGCAAAUGUUCAUCCACCGCCAUGGAGCACUAGUCUGCUUCUGCUUCUGCUUCUUGUCUGUGUUUUUUGUGGUAAGAGGCUCCAACUACGAAGACCACAGGACAGUCCAGGUUGUUGGCCUAGGAGAAUGCGCAGACUGCACCCACAACAAUAUUAAGACAAGUCACGCUUUCUCAGGGCUACGUGUAGCGGUAAAUUGCAUGUCACCUCAUGGACGCUUCAGGACGAGAGGGGUGGGCGCGCUUGAUGAAUAUGGAAACUUCAAAGUAUCCCUUCCACAAGACAUGGUAGAAGAUGGUGAGCUAAAAGAAGAUUGCUACGCUCAGCUGCAUAGUGCAUCAGCUGAACCUUGCCCUUCCCACGGAAACUCCAAAAUUGUGACUAAGUCAGUAUCUGAACACACACACACCCUAGGUCCUGCUGCUGGGAAACUCACGUUCUCAUCAGCUAUGUGCACUUCAGCCUUUUUCUGGCAUUUUUUCAAACACCCUCAAUUCCCCUUCCCCCCUAAAGAUGACCACCCAAAAGACCCUCUUCCUCCUGUCCCAGUGUAUAAGAAACCUCCAACACCAUCAUAUAAAAAACCUCCUACCAGUACUCCAUCUCCCGUUGUCAAGCCAAACCCACCAAAGGAAAAGACACCUUCUCCCACUCCCAUUUACAAGCCUCUUCCUCCUCCUACUCCCAUUUCUGAGCCCUCUCCUACUAUGCCACCAUUUUUCAAAUUCUUUCCUCCUCUCCCAUUCAAGAAGAACCCAUGCCCACCUCUAAUUCCCAAGAUGGAACCUCCAAAGUACUUUCAACACCCGUGGUUUGGAAACUGGCCUCCCUCUCAUUCAUAG